ACAAUUUUUUUUAAUCAGUGGUCUGCUUCCUGGGUCACGUUUAUUUUGAAAGGGUCUGACGCUUGUAAAGUGGAAGCGGGGCUUUAGCUUAGCGCGAAUUUUCUUCAGUGAGUCUCUCAAGUUUGCAUGAAGAUCGUGCACCUGAUCUCUGAAGUUCACUGAGGGGACGAGACUAAAGGACAAGCGGACAGAGACCCAGCUGCUGCGCUCCUCUGAAGGGGAUUCUGUCUGGACACAGUCUCGUGUGAGUCUUCACCAGGUUUAGUGUUAACUUCUGACGUUAGCUGCUACUGGACAGUGCAGUUAGCUGCUGUUGCUAAUUGGGGGCCUUAAGCUGUUGCAUUACAACAACAACAGCUCGUGGUCUUUGCUGUGACUCCCUGACAAGAAAUGGCGGAUGGUGGGGAUGUAAUGGCCGGUGAUCUGGAAGAUGGAGAGAUCUCCGGGUCCGGCUCGGACACAGAGAUGGGGACCACGGCAGCAGGAGCAGAGAGUCGACCCCGGGUUCCUCCAGCUUUCAGCGGCCAGUCCUUCCAGAACAGAGCCGCUGCCCAGCCCCCUGCAGCCGCCUACCGCAGCGCCGGGAAGACGGCGGAGUCCAGCGACAGUGAGCAGGACUCGUCGGAUGAGGAGGCCUCUGUUUGGCGCAAGAAGCGUCAGAAAGUGUCCAACGCUCCGCAGCUUCCUGCCUGCACCACCGGCCGGGCUGUGCCGACACGCCUGCCCGACCCCAGCGCGCCGGGAGGCCGCAAGGUGAACAACAUCUGGGGCUCAGUGGUCCAGGAGCAGUGCCAGGACGCCAUCACUGCAGAGCUGGGUAUAUUCGGCAUGGAGGGUGAUUUCAGCAUGUCCAGCAGGAAUGUGGAGACUUACAACUUUGUCCUCGCUCGUAAGCUGAUGGAGAAGGAGAGGGAGCAGGAGAUGCAGUCACGGGAUGAUGGAGAGGUGAGCAUGCUGGACGCCCAGCUGGAGGAGUACAUGAAGGGCCGGGGGUCAGAGGACGAGCCAGGAGCUGCUGCCAAGAGGAAGAGGUCAGCUAAAGAGAGACUGGGCCCCAAGGCUGAGAUGGACAUCAAGGGCAGGUAUGAGAUCACAGAGGACGAUCCUGAGGACAAAGUGGCAGAUGAGAUAGCACACAGGCUGCAAGAGCCCAAAAAGGACCUGAUAGAGCGUAUUGUUAAAGUUGUGGGGGUGAAAAAAGCCGUAGAGCUGCUCGGAGAGACUGCCACACUGGAGGAGAGUGGAGGGGUGUACACCAUGGACGGCAGCAGGCGACGGACACCCGGUGGGGUGUAUCUCAACCUGCUGAAGAACACGCCCAGCAUCACCAAGGCCCAGGUCAGGAAGAUAUUCCUCGAUGAGAACCAGAAGGACAUCAAGAGCAAGAAAGCUGCUCAGAAGAGGAGGCGGCACAUGGUGGCCAAGGAGAUGAAGCAGGCCAUCGGGACACUGAACCUGCAGGAGCAUGACGACGUGUCCAGGGAGACCUUUGCCAGUGACACCAACGAGGCCUUGGAGUCACUGGAGGAGGCUGCAGAGGAGGAGGGUGAGGAAGAAGCUGCUGUGGGGACCGAGGAGACGGCGGUGGUGUACAACUCUGCAGACCUGGAGGUCUUCUGAAGCCCUCCUGCUGUUUGAACUCUAAGAGGUCUGAAAAAGGAUGACUUGUAUUUAAAAUUGAAAUCAAACACUGAAAGCACUGAGUGAUGAUAACAGAAUCACACGUGUCCUUUUUCUUACCUUAGCAAUGAAAGGAGAGUUAAAGUUUUGUUCGGUGCAGCAUGGAUUACUAGAUUUAUGCACAUGUAAACAGAGUAAAACGAUUGAUUUGUGUUACACAUGUUGUCUGCCUUUAAAUCAGAUUCUGGAUCAUCAAACUGAACGGAGUUGUUGCAGGAUACUGUUUAUGUUGUUGAUUUCUUAAUAUAACCUCUUUACUCUAAUAUUCAAUAUGAGAUAAUGAGGUCUUGAGUUGAUUUGUUUGUUUGGUUAACUGUCUGGAUUAUAAAUAAAGUUGACUGGGUAUAUUAUAAAAAAAUAGUUUGUCUGUACAGUUUUCCUUUUUUAUGAUCAUCAUUUAAAGAAAUUCACAUUUAGUCCAUCAUAUUCUGGGAUGUGCACAAGAUGUCAUUUUUGGGGCUCAAUAAAUUGAUCAAUAAAGUAUCUGAAUACUGUAGUGAGAGAACUUGAACUGCUAUAGUAGUGUAGAGGUUUGUCCACUAGAUGGCAGGCUAACUCUU